AUGGAAAACCGUGAUCAGCCCGUCAAACCCCGUCUCUUGCGACCAUUGCUACCUCGUGAACGCUCCUUCUUUGAUCGGAUCCUCGAUCUUCUCGUUGGCGAUGGACCUGACAAAAGAUAUGCUUUGAUUUGUCGGGAAUGCGCGGCUCACAACGGAAUGGCAUUGCAUGAGGAAUUCGAGUACCUCGCUUUUCGAUGCGGUUACUGUUCCCACUUCAAUCCUCCCCGCCGAACGUGGGUCAAAACUCCAGUGCCUUCCAACGUUGCCAGCUCCCCAGCAAUUCGCACCUCAUUCUCCUGUGAACCAAUUGGCACUCCUUCUAGACAGCGUGACCACACACCGACCUCAGCUUCAGCAAGCGAUCGAGAACGAUCCGUGUCACCUGCAUCUUCCACACCUAGAAAUUCAAGCGGCCUUGAGGAGAAUGGCGAGUUCAGCUCAGGCAUGUCUGUGACAGUCGAACCCCAUUCCACCUAAUCCAUCAUUCCUCGAUUGUAUAGACGACUACGGUCUUCCUAAGUUUCCUCCAUGUGAUCAUCUCACGAUUCAUUUUCAAUCUCAAUGUGAAUCCCAAUGACUGUCAUUGUCCAUAAAUGCUUCCCCCUUG